AUGGACUCGUCACAAGUUUCGAAGCCGAGGCGCGCGAGGAAUAGCGUAAAGAAAGCACAAGAUCGCGACAAGGAGGUCAAGAAAGCUGCCGGGAGGGCCGCAUUCGAGGAGCGGCAAGCAAGCAAGCAAGUCAAAACUGGAGUCGCCCGAUCUGUCGCCCAAGUUGGGACUGUCGUAGGGGCUGGAGAUUCGCGAGAGAUCCUGCAAGCCGUCGACUGGCGCCAGCACGUGCAAAACACAACCCUCUACCUCACACGCCAGGGCCUCAACUUCACUAUCGAGCUCACUUUGGGCGCAGCACGUGUCACUGUCAUCGUCGGACGUGGUUCAGCACGUGCAGCCUGGCAUGUGCUACAACAAGUAUUGGACGGCGGACUCAGUCUCACAGGCGCGUUGAGAGACUGGGGUCUUCAGAAGCUCACCGAGCGUCGUGAAAAGAGGAAGCGGGAAGCCGACGUCGACGAAGCUGCGAGGCAGUACGAGAUCGAUCAAGCCACUCGUCACGUCCCCCGAAAGCGGAUCAAGCUCGGCGAUGGCUAUCAGCCAGAGAAGUCCACCACCAGCCUUUGGGAACCUCGCAUUCUCUACUACCCUACUCGUUCGGCAUUCACCGUCAAAGGCCACUUCUACCGCGGUGGGAGCAUCAUCGCUUCUCGAGUCCUCGUUGCAUAUCCUCAGUACAAGCUCGUGCCUGGCGCUUUCGACACGUGCUACUCGAGCCUGGCCGAAUUGGGUUCAGUCACCUAUCACGAGCACAUCGCAGGUGGCUUCAUUAUCGGCAUUGCGCCCUAUCACAUGGCCUUUCAGGUCAGCAAGAACGGCAUGUGGGUGGUCAUCAAUGGCAUCGUUUGGGACGCACGUGAUAUCAUCCAGCCUUCUCGUGCUUCGAGCACGUGCGGUACCUUCAUGCAGCCGGUGACGAGUGAAAGCGUGCUGCGGCACUCACAGGCUUCUCAUGAGCUCUCACGUCAGCCACUGCUUUCUGUCCCGCACCAGCCUCAACACCAAGAUGCAGGCACGGUCGAUGAUAUGAUGGAAGGUAUCCAGUUCACGGACAUGGCCAUGGACCUCACACUCCCUGUGUCACCAGUACGAGAUGUGGCGAGCGCCCAGCCGGAACGCAAGUCCAUGCUACUCGCUGCGGCUCGACCAGAACUCCCCACCAACGUGGAGCGUAGCAUCUCGGUCCAUGUCACUUCGAAAAAUGCCCCCCAACCACCCACGGGUCAACAGCCUGAGCAAGACAACGAGGACACGAACUCGAAUGGCAGGAGGAUUGCCAGGCCAAGAAGAACUCGUAAUGUGGUCCCUGCUCCCCGUCAACCGCCUACUGUUGCUCAACAGCAAGCCAUCGACGAAAUCCAUCACAGACUAUCCCAGGCAGACAGAAUGGUGCAGCACUAUGACUUCAGAAACCGUCGCAACGCACCCCUCACAGAGCUCAAAGAUCUAGAGCAGAAGCUGCUCCAGCGCCUCAGAACUGUGCAUGGGUUGGAGUGGCAGUGGAUCCAGCGCCGCCACAAUGGAGAUCCGGAGGCUGCGUUUCAAGAAGUUCACCACCCGACGGAUGAACAGCUGGCCGGCUGA